AUGAGUUCUAUUGCAGCAUUUCAAAGUCAAACAGCGUCUAUGAUAGUUGACAUCGAAAAGAAACAAUUUCAACAAUUUGUAAACAUCAAGGAUCAUAUGGAAAAGCAUUCUACCUACAAUUUAGUUCCUGACAAGUACACAGCCGAAAUUAAGGCAGUGGUAUCAGACUUCGAAAUUCGCUUUAGAGAUAUCAAAAAGAUUGAGAAGUUGGUGGAAUUCAUCAGUUAUCUGUUUAAUAAUUCCAUUAAUCAUAGUGAUAUCUAUGAAAUAGCUACAAAAUUUGCAGAUACUUUUCAAAUGGACCACGUGAUACUUCAAAACGAAAUUAUUACUCCGCACUGCGACAUAUUUUUGAAAGCAAGGUCAUCCUUAGGUCUAGAUUUCUGGGCAUUGGUUUCCAACGAGAAAUAUCCAAGUUUGAAGAAAUGUGUUGAACAAUUGCAUUCGUGUUUUGGUUCAACAUAUCUAUGUGAGUCAGCAUUUUCCUACUUAAAACAAACAAAAAAUAAACACCGUUCUCGCUUGACAGACGCUCAUACCCUGGAUUCUUUAAGGUUGGCAAUUUCCAACUACAAACCCGAUUUUGCUAAUUUAGCCGAAGAUGCUCAGACGCAAUGCUCACACUAA